CCUUUCAGGCCUGUGUUUUUACCCGCUCUCAGCUCAGGGGAAGUUUAUAAUGGCAGAGACAAAAGGCCGCUCUGCUCGGAUUUCCUCAAUGAACUGGACGAAGUCGCUCGGUUCUGAGUGUUCUCGAUAGAUUUUCGGGAUUGGUAGAUGCGGUGAAUACAGGUGACUGGCCUCAGGAACACUGCGCAGCUAUAUCUCUUUCACCGUUGCCUGAACUCCAAUAGUAAAUAGCACAAUGCUCAGUGUGCAACCUUCACUCUGGGUGAAUCAGCAGGAUCCGGUGCUAUAGCAGCAGUACUCAAGGCCUUUGUGCCCUGAACUGGUUCGGUCCAGCUCUGCUGUUGGUGGAUAUUCCGUAUAUUAUUGCACAUUUUUGCCGAAGACAAAGUCAGUCCUUAGUGCCCAUAAUGUCUGGACCUGGAGACAUUCCAGCCCUGGAGGCGGGCUCCGGAAUAAGCGAGGGCCUCCUAGGGGGCAUGUCUGUGCCCAUGGGAAUGCCCCGCCGAGCCAUCAGCUAUGAUGAGAACCUGGAGCGACCCAUGUCUCCUCCCCCCUCUGACAUCAACAUUACCAACCUGUGGAGGAGGCCCGUCAUCCCGGAAAGAAAGUUCUCCCGAUUGGCUGAGGAAGAGGAAUCAGAGAAUGUGAUAAAGAACACCCCUGCACUUGAGCCUCCCCAUCCUCCAGCUCCAGUGGUGAAGGCCAAAGCUUCAGUUCUCAUGAACUCCCUCAUUAUUAAGCAGACACAGGAGAGCAUUCAGAGCUUCGAAAAGAAAGCAGGACUGACUGAUACAGGUUACACCCCCCACAAAGGCCUGGCUGCUGAAGAAACCCGCUACCACCGCAUGUCUGAAUCACUGCAGAAAUUACACAUGCAAAGUGGAGACCUCAAGGAGGAGAAGCAGCCAUCUUCUGGUCAAUCAACCCCAAGCGGAACCCCUCAAUCAUCUCCCAAACAGAAGCGCAGAAGCUGGUUCAGCAGUCAGGGCUCAACCACCUCCCUCACAGGCUCAGAGCUCAGCUCCAGUUCCAGUUCUAGUACGGACCUGGCUGGAGGAGAAGGAGUUAUGGAACGCUGGAGUGUCUUUGGGCCCAGACCACAGGUCCAUAAAUCCACCUCCGACAUGGGUGGAGAACCUGGCACUGCAGGGGGCUUUGCCCUGCAGCCUUACAAAGGAGCCCAGAAGCCCACCCCCAUGGAAGUCAUGAAAGCACAGGCCACCCGGCUGGCAGAGGAUCCAACUAACUUCAAGGCUCCACCCAAGAUGGAGAUCCCCACUGUGGACGGCAAGCGUCAGAUUACACGCCCCCACAAACUUAAACACCGUGACAUGAACGUGCUGACCCCCUCAGGCUUCUGAAAGCCCACCCUAGCGGACCUUCACCCCACUGGAAACACGUAGCUGGUCUACCCUCUUUCCUUUCCCAUUUGUGUCCCUCGUGCUGUGAGGUGACUGAAGUUUUGUUUUUUGCCCUUCGGUUAAAACCUUCUGUGCCCACAUGAUUCCUCAAGAUGGCCUUCCUCUCGCGUCUUAGUGUAAAUGUUCUAUCUGAAAAGAAAUGUGUAUGUAAUACCUUUUCACAGUCUUCACACUCUUGCCUUUUAGUAAGGGCCCCAGUCAGAUUCCAUUAAGUGUAUAUCUAUAUCUGCGUGAGUGUGUUCAUGUCUUCUAAUCCACAACAGUGUUAAAUGACUUCUAAUCCACUCUCAGUAAAAAACAUUUAGAGUAAAGCUCGACGUCAGCCUACUGGCCUCUAGAUGCUCUAGGUGUCCUUAUUUGCAUGUACUGUACUGCAGCAGUGGGGUUGUUACUAAACUCCUCACUUUUUCUGUCUGCUAGAAGCUGUCACAUUCAGGCCAUCAAAAUCAUGGUGGCUUUUGUAUAUUUUCAACAUUUAAUAUUUCGAAAUAUGUAGUAUGAUGUAUCCUCAACUUAGUUCUGACACUGUGAUGUCAAGUCUAUUGUCCUGAGGCGUUCAUUUUGUUUGGCUCAAGAGGAGUUUUACUAUUUAAUGUAAAUGGCAUAAAGGGUUGUUUCUAUUUUUGUUAAAUGGUAAAUUUUAUUUGUAACCAAAUUCAAGAAAUUGAAUGUAGGGUUCAAUCUUCUUGGUGGACCUGUUGAACAUGAAUAAACCUAAAAAGGGAGUUUA